UUUUUUCAUAUUUUUUUUCGUAAUUCAACAACACAAUUAGGACAAACUAAUUAAAAUCAAAACUCAACUCAACUCUAAAACCAAAUACAAUAGAUAUUCAAGUCCAUUUCUAAUUUAACGGUAGAGGACAAAUAUGGAAAGCAAUUUUCCAAAAAUAGAAUUAAUUGAUUGGUUCUAGUCAAUAUACUUAAUUGACUAAAUAGUCCUUGCAUGACAAAAUAGUCAAUAAAGUCUCGUCUUCUCUGCAACGGAAGCUCUCUCUCAUUUGACAAAAUGGGUGGAAAGAAAACUUUCUGCACUUGAUCAGCUAAAGGUUGAGCCAUGGGACAGUAGAAUGUCCUUCCCUUGCAUGACAAAAUAGUCAAUAAGUCCCGUCUCCUCCGCAACCGAAACUCUCUGUAAUUUUCACAUGACAAAAUGGGAGGAAAGAAAGUAAAACCAAAAAAAAAAAAAAAAAGUCUUCCGUUCUCCUGGAAAUUCUACUGAAAGCUGUUCAAAGUUUUGCACAAGAGGAACAAUGUUUUGUAUAAAGAAGCACACUGCAGAAAAUUUUUCUUUGCACAAAACUUUUGAGCCAAAGUGCGAAAACUUUUCGCACUACAGCUCUUUCAUUUAGUACAGAAGAAGGAUUUCUCUUGUACUAAAUAUUGUUCUUUCUUGCGCGAAAAGUUUUCGCUAAAGAAAAAGAAUGUCUUCACUGGUAUGAAAUGAUGUUAUUCAAGCACAAAAACUUUCUGCACUCUAUCAGCCAAAGGUUGAGCCAUGGGACAGUAGAAUAUCCUUCCCUUUCUCCCCCUCUCUCUAAUGGCAGCUAAAUUUCCCACCUCCAUCUCCAUCUCCACCUGCUUCUGCAACUUCUUCUUCUUCCUCCUCCUCUGCAACUUCUUCUCCUCGUCGAUAUCCCAGCAAUGGGUUCGCUCCGGCUACUACAUCUCCCGCAGCGAAAUCCCUGUCUCUGACAUCGCCUCUGCUCUGUUCACCCACCUCAUAUGCUCCUUCGCUUACAUCAACUCCUCCACCUUUGAGCUCUCCAUCAACUCCUCAGAGCUCCCGAAGUUCUCGAGCUUUACGAGCACCGUCAGGCGCAAGAACAAUAGGAUAAUCACCCUCUUGUCUGUUUGGGCUGGGGGAGAUGACCCUGCCAUUUUCGAGUCCAUGGUGGGUAAUUCUUCUUCAAGGCAGUUCUUCAUCAAUUCCUCAAUCAAAGCAGCUCGGUCCUAUGGCUUCAAUGGGCUCGAUCUGUUUGGGUUUGUUCCCAGUGAGACCACCAACAUGACAAAUUUCGGUACUUUUCUGGAUGAACUGAGAGAAGGUACUGAUUCUGAGUCAAAAACAUCUCGGAAAACCCGGUUGCUUCUGACAAUGGCAGGUUACUGCCAAAAAGUCUUUGACGUGAGUUACCCAAUCGACUCGAUUAGUCGGAGCUUGGAUUGGCUCCAUAUUAUUGCCUAUGACUACCAUUUGCCCACCAAGGAGAGAUACAUUUACCCGCAUGCCCCUCUUUUCGACCCCCAAAACACUGACUUCUGUAUAACUGUUUACAUAACUCGAGGAUUUCCUGCUAACAAGUUGGUGCUUGGCCUCCCCUUCCAUGGAUAUGCAUGGAAGCUGGAGAAUGUGAAUGAAAAUUAUGUUGGGUCACCAGCAGACGGUCCCGUUUUAACAGGUGAUGGCUCCAUCGGGUAUAAGAUCAUGAAGUCCUAUAUUCGGGAUAUUGGGUAUGGGACAACACCGGUGUAUAAUUCCACCUAUGUUGUGGAUAUUUUCAUCAAGGAGUCUUAUUGGGUUAAUUUCGAUGGUCCUGAUGUAAUCGGAAGGAAAGUUGAUUAUUCACUGGAAAAAGGGCUUUUGGGUUACAAUGUGUUCCAAGUCUCAAAUGAUGCUGACUGGGUUCUUUCUCAGGCAGCCAAGGAAGCAAGUGAAGGUCGAAAAAGGAACCAAACUUUGCUGCCGGUUGCCAUUGCUACAGCUGCUUUAGGUAUCCUCCUGCUUUUUGGUGUGAUAUUUUACUUGCGAGGCAGACGCAUAUCAAGAGGGUUCUUGGGAGUGAUAAAGGGAUUGAUCCAAAGAUCAAAAUGUGGUAUGGGGUCUCGUGAAAGUCUUGAAAGUGAUACUCCUAAUCUGCAAGUAUUCAGCUAUGCUACCCUCAAAGCAGCAACCAAUAACUUCUCAGCCAAAAAUAAGCUUGGAGAGGGUGGUUUCGGACCUGUUUAUAAGGGUAAGUUGUGCAAUGAUCAGGAAAUAGCAGUGAAGAAGUUGUCCAAAAACUCAAACCAAGGUCUCGAGGAGUUCAAGAAUGAAGUCAUGUUAACUGCUAGACUUCAACAUGUGAACUUGCUUCGAGUUUUGGGAUUUUGCACUGACCGGGAAGAGAAGAUGCUGAUCUAUGAGUAUAUGCCUGGGAAAAGCUUGGACUUCUACCUAUUCGCGAGUGGAACCCCAAGAUAUCAGAUUUUGGCAUCGCGAGAAUCUUUCGGAAGAACGAACUUGAAGCAAACACCGGUCGAAUUGUUGGGACAUCUUUGGAUAAUUCAUGUGAUGCAGCGGUUGGUUCCUCCUGAAUACGUGAGGAACGGUAUAUACUCGAUGAAGUACGAUGUUUACAGCUUCGGAGUACUUCUCUUGCAAAUAAUCAGCGGCAAGAAGACAAACUGUCGCUACGGCCCAAGCGAGAACCUGAACCUUCUUGAAUAUGCAUAUGAGACAUGGAUAAGCGGCGAAGGCAUGGAGUUCAUUGACCCAUCACUGGUCGAUUCAGCCUCAUCUUGUAAGCUCACAAGGUGUCUGCAAAUUGCCCUCUUAUGUGUGCAAGAAAAUCCCAUGGACAGGCUUUCAAUGUUGGAGAUCUCUUCGAUACUAAGAAACGGGACUUCAGAAAUCACCUCUCCGAAGUGACCUGCAUUCUCCGUCAAAAAAGAUGAGGAUGGAGGUGAGGCGAAAGUAGGUAGUGCAGCAGAAGGGAUUUAUUCUAUAAAUGAUGCGACGGUGUCCGAAUUAUUUCCCCGCUGAGCUUGGAGUUCCUCAGGUGUGUCUAUAAUCUUAUCUAGUGCGAGAACAAAAUUUCAGCGCACUUGAGUUUGGGCAUAGAUUGUUUGUCUCUAGGAUUGUUCAUCAGUACAGGACAUAUUAAAACAAUAGCGAAUUGAUCCGGGUGGGUUCUUUUACGAGAAAAA